UGAAUUACAAGAGCAUUUCUGUAGGAGCAGAGAACCAGAAAUAUGGGUUCCCUUGCUCUUGCCGCCUUUGCUCUUUUAGUCUUCCUUGGCGCUUCUCAUGCUCAACUUAAGGAUCGGUUCUACGACGAUGUCUGCCCACAGGCAGAGAGCAUCAUUCAGGAGUUCGUGAAGGAACACAUACCGAACGCACCGUCUUUGGCUGCAGCGUUGCUUAGAAUGCAGUUCCAUGAUUGUUUUGUGAUGGGAUGUGACGCAUCUCUGCUGCUGAAUUCCACAAAGAAUAACACGUCCGAAAAGGAUUCUUCACCAAACAUGAGCGUGCGGGGUUUCGGUUUUAUCGAUGCAGUGAAGAGCAAGCUAGAAGAGGCAUGCCCUGGAGCGGUGUCCUGUGCAGAUAUUAUUGCAUUGGUGGCAAGAGAUGCAAUCGUUGCCAUAGGAGGUCCAUACUGGAAAGUUCCCACUGGCCGCAGGGAUGGAACUGUUUCAUUAGCUUCUGCGGCAUUAGCCAAUGUUCCUGCUCCGACACUCAACUUCACCAGCCUCAAGGCCAAGUUUGCAAACAAGAGUCUGGAUGUGAAGGAUCUAGUUGUGCUCUCUGGUGCACAUACCAUCGGUAUUACUCACUGCAGCUUCGUGUCCAAAAGGCUUUACAACUUCACAGGGAAAGGUGACCAAGACCCAGAUCUCGACAGCUUGUACGCCGCCAACCUCAAGGAAUACAAAUGCAAGACUCCUGCAGAUAACUCCACCAUUCUGGAAAUGGAUCCCGGGAGCUUCCGAACUUUUGACACUCAUUACUACACCAAUGUGGUGAAGAGAAGGGGUCUGUUCACAAGUGACUCGUCCCUGCUCACAGACAGCACUUCGAAGGCCUACAUUGACGGGAUGCUCGAUGGUUCCAUAGAUUUCCUAAAGGAGUUUGGUUUGUCCAUGGAGAAGAUGGGUCGGAUCGAAGUCAAGACGGGAACUGAAGGUGAGGUAAGGAAGGUUUGCAGCCUGGUGAAUAGCUGAAAAGCCGAGGGAGUUCUACAUAUCGUGUAAAAGCCCAUCUGAAUUAUUUUAUUCGUUUCAAUUUCUAGUAUGUUAGGCUAUCUGAUUCGUCUUCAUUUUCUUCGGGUUCGUUUUAUUGUGUGCGAGAAUAAGAUCUUGUAAGUGAAG